UCUUUGCCAGUAGAAUAGAAAAACCACGUGAGGUUUUGCCUGUUUGUUUAAAGCUCUCUGCAUCUUGUUUGUCAGUAUCCAUUUCCCUCCAGAUACUAAAGGAACAAUUAGCUUAUUCUAGAAGACAAGACACCAGGGACCAUGUCAAAGAGAGUAGCAGUUAUUGGGUCUGGAGUAAGUGGGCUGACAUCCAUCAAAGCUUGCCUGGAGGAAGGCCUUGAACCCACCUGUUUUGAGCAAAGCAAUGACAUUGGUGGCCUAUGGCGAUUCACAGAAACUGUAGAGGAGAGAAAAGCAAGUAUCUACAGGUCACUCACCAGUAAUUCCUCCAAAGAGAUGAGCUGUUUCAGUGACUUUCCAAUGCCGGAUAACUUUCCAAACUUUCUGCACCAUACAAAGUUCUUGGAAUAUUUGCGACUGUAUGCAAAACACUUUGAUCUACUCAAAUAUAUCAGAUUCAAGUCUCCAGUUGUCCAUGUAGAAAAAUGUGAAGAUUUCUCUACCACUGGCCAAUGGAAUGUGAUUCUAGAGAAAGAUGGAAAGCAGGAAUCCUUCACCUUUGAUGCUGUCAUGGUCUGUACGGGACACCAGAUAGAAACAUAUACUCCAUUAAAUUCUUUUCCUGGUUUCGAAAAGUUCAAGGGGAAUUCAUUCCACAGCCAAAAUUACAAGGAUUCAGAAGGAUUUGAAGGGAAGACUGUUGUGAUCAUUGGAAUGGGAAAUUCAGCUGCUGACAUUGCUGUGGAGAUCUGCAAGAAAGCAAAGAAGGUGGUCCUCAGUGCCAGGGGAGGCACUUGGGUGAUGAGUCGAGUAUCUGACAAUGGCUAUCCCUGGGACACCAUCUAUCACUCUCGUUUUAUUAAUUUUAUCCGAAAUUCUAUCCCGUGGUUUGUUUUGAAAUGGAUGACAGAACAGAAGAUGAAUCAAUGGUUCAAUCAUGAAAACUAUGGCUUGGUGCCUCAAAACAGGUAUUUGAUGAAAGAACCAGUGUUCAAUGAUGACCUGCCAAGCCGUAUCCUGUGUGGAUAUGUGAGCGUGAAACCACUUGUCAGGCAAUUCACAGAAACCUCGGCCAUAUUUGAAGAUGGGACAGUAGUGGAGAAUGUAGACAUUGUCAUCUUUGCAACAGGCUAUAGCGUUGCAUUCCCUUUCCUGGACAAAUCAGUCCUUGAGGUAGAGGAUAAUCGUGUCCCACUGUAUAAGCAUGUCUUCCCUCCUUAUCUGGAGAAGCCAACCUUGGCUGUUAUCGGUCUCAUCCAGCCUCUUGGGCCUAUUAUGCCCACUUCAGAACUGCAGGCACGCUGGGCUACAAGAGUCUUCAAGGGGUUAAGCCUUCUGCCUUCAGAGCGUGCCAUGAUUGCUGAUACCAUUAAAAGAAAUGAGAAGAGGACUAAGUGGUUUGGCACCAGCCGCAGUCAGUCAAUCCAAACCGUUUUCAUAGAUUACCUGGACGAGCUUGCUGCAGCCUUGGGAUCAAAGCCAGAUCUAUUCUCACUGCUAUUGUGGGAUCCCAUACUGGCCUGGGCCAUGUUUUUUGGACCCUGCAACCCUUUUCAGUUCCGUUUGAAGGGGCCAGGAAAGUGGACUGGAGCCAGGGAUGCCAUCCUCACCCAGAACGAGCGGAUCAUUAAACCCACAAAAACACGAGUUGUGAGCAAUUCUUCAAACCACACUCUGUUCUCUCUGCUCACAGCCAUUGGUUUCCUUGGUAUCUUGGCUGCAUUUUUCUUUUUCCUUAUUCAGCACUGAUCUUCACCUUAAAACACAUUAGUGACAAUUGCUUAUGUCCAAACUCUGCUUUCUAUUCCUCUAAUGACAUCAUCACAAGCUUACCAUUUAUACCAGGGGUGUCAAACUCAAUUUCAUUGAGGGCCGGAUCAGCAUUGUAAUUGUCCUCCAGGGGCAUGGUCAGAGCAGGCAAUUGGGUGUGACUCAGGGGCAUGGCUAGUUUGAUGACUCACGUGGGUGGUGCCUGUGGGCACCAGGCGGGAUUGAGAAGGGAAUCCAGGGGUCUCUGGUGGGUGGGGUGGAGGAUUCGUCCUGUGGGAUGAGGUGAGGCAAGGCAGGGGGCAGGGCAGCUACAGCCAGAAACCAUUGGCCACCACGCACUUCCCUUGUGUGCGAGGGAAUGGUUUCCAGCUGUAGCCACAGCCUGCGGGCCCCUUAGCUGGUGCACACUGCAGCUCCGGAGCCCACUACCAGCACUGGGCUGGCUGUCCAUGUGGACCGCUGGAUGCGCUUACUCCGUCUCACUGCCUGUUUUGGCUUGUGGCUGGAGAGCAGUUGCCGCUGGUCAUCAACUCAGCCCCUUCAUGGGUCAUGCCUUUGUGUGGAAUGCAUGCCCCUCAUCUUGGUCUCAUGCACCGAAUGCACCUUGGCCUUGCGGGGUGCUGCUGCUCAGCACACCCACCCAGCCCGAAGGAGGCGAAGCAGCCAGCUAGAAAGGCCGAGUAGAGGUGAUAGAGCACACCCAGGCCCAGCAGGCAAAAGAUGGCCACUGCAAGUGGGAAAAACCAGAUCUCCAUCAGUGCCACAGCCUCCCAGGCCCAGUAGAGAUGUGGG